UGAUAAUCUGGGUAUCUAAGCACAUUUGAGGACAAUGGAUGCAGCAUCAGACAGAAUGGUAACGGCAAAAACUAAAUGCGUUAAAAAGGUUUCCAAACCACUGAUGGAAAAGAAAAGAAGGGCACGUAUCAAUAAAUGUUUGAAUCAAUUGAAAAGCCUCCUGGAAAGCGUCUGUUCCAACAGUAUCCGCAAGCGAAAACUGGAAAAGGCUGACAUUUUGGAACUAACGGUAAAACAUCUGAGGCAUCUGCAAAAUAGCGAAAGAGAAAUGCCCACAGUUUGUGACUCUGCUGAAUAUCACGCUGGCUACAGAAGAUGUCUCGCCACUGUCAGUCAUUAUCUUCACGCGUCAGAAAUGGACAGGGAUUCCCGUUCCACCAUGCUGACACAUCUCACGAGCGGGACUCGCCACACCAGGGUUCCCGAUUUCAGUACCGCGGAAAGCGACCCCGCACCGAUCCUUGCACCAACAAAUAGGCCUACACUUCGGCGAUCAUAUGAAGUUGCACUUAAAACUGACGCUCCUUAUCCCAACGUGCAGCAAAUAUCAGACAGAAAUCACUGCUUUAUGCCGAAGAGGAUUGAGAUUUGUGAUAUUGACAAAAUAUCAUUCGAUGCACAGGUUGGGACCACUGGAUCCAAGAAGCUCAAAAACAUACACUCCAGUCUUAAAAAUACAAAGGUUGAUGAGUGCUGCAGUUUGAAACAUAAUUAUUGGCGGCCUUGGUAAAUAUGAAUCAUUUCAAAUGUCAUUGUUUUAACACUUAGACUUAUAAAGUAGCUCAAUUUUUGCUUCUCGUGCACUGUAUAUGUUGGUAUUAUUUUUAUGAAUGACACAUGAAUAUUUUAGCAAUAAAAUACUGCAACAAUAUGCGUAUUUGUGAACAACAUUGUGUAUGACUUAAAGACUUUUUCUGAUUGUCGCCCAAGAACAAGCCUCGGAACACUAAAACCAUACAAAUGCAAUUUUUUUUAUUGGCGAAAUUUAACUCUUGAAUAACUAUAGGAGACCGGGUAUGGUAACGGGAGAGUUGUAACACCACCAUUUCUACCACUUAGGGAUAAGAUAGAAGUCAUGUAAUCA